CUCUCCUGAGUCUUCGCAUUUCUCAUUUGUGUAAAAGCUUCUUUUCUUUUCCUUUCUAUGUAACGAAAAAAGAAACAUAACCGUCAUAACAAACCAUAAUGGAGAAAAACCUCGCUGAAAAUUCCGAUAGUUUCGCUCCUAGAGACGAAACACCAAUGCCUGAUCCCAAACGCGACGGCAACGCCGACGCAGAAGAACCACCGCCUCCACCGUCGAACAAUGACGAAGAGCAAACGGAGGAAGAGAAGAAAGAAGAAGAAACUGCAGAAACCGUAGAUGCCGUGGAAUCUCCUCCCCCUAGCCUUGAGAAGGUUUCAGAAGAGAUCGAUCAAUUUCUCGUCGAGACUCUUGAGGAGAAAGAGAAAGAACGAGUUUCAUUUGAGAUCCAUGGCUAUGUAGGGAGAUUUCUGGAUCUGAUAGAAGAGAAAUUAGAAAAAUGUGAAACAGGGGAAGGUAAAGCAAAAUGGGAAGAAGUUAUUGAAAAAGAUACAUGGUUGUUAGAAUCCGUCAAUCGAAUUUCAAAGUUUAAGAAAACGCUGACUCGGACUCAGAAUCAUGAUGAAAAUGAAACCAUGGAAGAGAAGAACGAAGGAAGAGACUCAAUAGAAAACCGCGUUGGUGUAAUUCUACAGCGUGCGAUGUCGUUUUUGGAAGAAGAUUUUCGUUUAUUAAUAGAAGAAUCUAGAACUCCAACGGAAUUGGUACCCGACGUUGAUCCAAAAGGAAAACACGUUGAAAGAUCAGAACAAAAGGAAGACAAUCUCGAUCAUCAACAACACGAAGAAUCCGAAUCCGAAAUGAAUUUCCCGGGUUAUACGGACGAGGCAAUUGCUUACAUGAGCAAGAUCGCCGGCGAGAUGUUAACCGGCGGAUACGAAUCGGAAUGCUGCCAGGUUUACAUCGUAGCAAGAAGAACAGCGUUCGAAGAGAUUCUACAGAAACUUGGAUUCGAAAGAAUCAGCAUCGAUGAUAUGAUUCAGAAAAUCCAAUGGGAAACUCUUGCAAGAGACAUGAUUCCGGCGUGGACAAACACGUUCCGUCAAUGCACCGCCGUGUAUUUACCCGGCGAGAGAAAAUUAGCGGAGGCGGUUUUCUCAAGUCAACCCUCAGUCGCGGAGAAUCUCUUCAGCAGCCUCUCUCGCGGUGUCGUGAUUCCGCUUCUCAACUUUGCGGAGGGCGCCGCCAUGACCAAACGCGCCGGAGAGAAACUCUUUAAAUUACUUGACAUGUACGAAACACUUAGAGAUAUUAUACCAAAACUUGAUGGACUCUUUCCAGAAGAGUCCUUGGAAGAGUUGACGACAGAGAUAAAUCUCGCUAAGUCACGGCUUGGCGAGGCAGCUAUCUCUAUCUUCUGCGAAUUAGAAAACUCAAUUAAAUCAGAAACUGCAAAAAAUCCAGUCCCCGGUGGGGCGGUUCACCCUCUCACACGCUACAUAAUGAACUACCUCAACAUAGCUGGGGAUUACAAAGAAACUCUGGAGCAAGUUUUCAAGGAUCAUUCAAGAAUCGAACAUUUAGAUUCAACUAGUAGACCAUUUUACCAGGAAAACCAAAACCAAAACCAAAACGACGUCGUUGAUGAGAAAGAAUCGUCGACGCCGUUGUCGCCGUUUACAGCACAGGUUAUGAGGGUAAUGGAGUUACUGGACACAAGCCUUGAUGGAAAAGCUAAACUAUAUCGUGACGUGGCGUUAAGCAACUUCUUCAUGAUGAACAAUGGAAGAUACAUUUUACAAAAAAUAAAAGGUUCAUCUGAAAUGAGACAAGUGAUGGGUGACACAUGGUGUAAAAAAAAGUCAUUUGAAUUAAGAAACUACCACAAAAACUACCAGAGAGAAACAUGGAACAGAGUGCUGACAUGUCUGAGUCACGAAGGGUUAAGUGUGAAUGGAAAAGUGCAGAAGCCUGUGUUGAAAGAGAGGUUUAAGGGCUUUAACGCAUUGUUUGAUGAGAUUCAUAGGACACAGAGUUCAUGGGUUGUGAAAGAUGAACAGCUUCAAUCGGAGCUUCGAGUUUCGAUAUCGGCGGUGGUGAUUCCGGCGUACAGAGCAUUCAUGGGGAGAUUUGCACAGUAUUUAGAUGCUGGGAGACAGACAGAGAAGUAUGUAAAGUUUCAACCUGAGGAUAUAGAGACUUAUAUUGAUGAGUUGUUUGAGGGAAAGCCUCAACAAUCUACUGGGAGAAGGAAAACAUAAUUAUUAACUAACUAUAACUAACAUUCAGUUAGUUAAUUCCUUCUAUCCCACCACAUAGUACAUAAUCAUAAUCAUAAUCACAUUUUGUUGUUUUUGUUUAAGUUUUAUAUUUUAUUGUGAAACAAAAUGUAAAUAAGAACAAAGGGAGGAUUAAUGGCCAUGUAAUAUACAUGUGUACGUGUAUACAAUUGCAUGUUGAAAUGAAGCUUUGUGGUUCUGUUACUAUUGGAA